AUGUCAAAGGACAGAAGACCAGUAUUUUCAUAUUUGCCUCUGUACAACCUAGCCUCAGCGAUUGGCUGGGGUUAUAUUUUGUACCUGGUAUUGUUGCAGUACCCAAAGCUUGGACAACCUAGGUUCUAUCAAGAUACUAAGGAUAUUGUUACUUAUAUACAAUGUGGUGCUAUAAUUGAAAUUUUGAACUCCUUAUUUGGUAUUGUUAGAUCACCUCUUUUAACAACCGCAGCUCAAGUCCUGUCUAGACUAGUUGUAGUAUUGGGCAUAUUCCAGUAUUUGCCAGAAGCAAGAAAUGCACAUGGGAUUGUUUAUAUUACUCUACUUUUGUCAUGGUCGAUAACCGAGAUCAUCAGAUACAUGUUUUAUUUCUUUACCUUGAUUGGCUCUAGAGGUGCUCCAACGUUUUUGGUUUACUUGAGAUAUAACUUGUUCCUUGUUCUGUACCCUACUGGUGUGGCUAGUGAACUACUUAUAAUUUACUCUGCCUUACCUGUCGCAGAAGCCAAGUAUUCUCUAUUGUGGAAAAGAUUUUUGAUUGGAGUAAUGUUAACUUACCUACCCGGUCUACCAAUGCUGUUCCUGCAUAUGCUGGCUCAAAGGAGAAAGAUAAUGAAACAAUUGGCUAACAAGACCCAGAAGCAAGCUUAA